CCUAAGGACGCAUGCGUUGCGUGGAGGACAUGCGGGUUGCAGCAAAGUCCUCCUUUACUCCACACACGCUUCUAAGCCUCGGCACAUCUACUAACUACACUUUAUUCAUCCUCAGUGUCAGCAUCAACUCCACUCGUCUCACUCAACUUUGGACAUUAUUAGGCCCGCUUAGUUUGUUUGUUGUUUGAGCGCGCCAAUUAGCUUAGCAUGCUAGAUAGCUUAGCUUGUUAGCCGCUAACAAAGAGACGCGGAUUUGAUCAACACAUCGCUUAGUUAAGAUCAAGUGUGAGUGUAAAGUGUUGUGAUUGUGUGAAAAUGUGCGAAAGAACGAUAGAAAAGUAUGAGGAGGAACUUUGUUGUGUGAAAAUGUGUGAAAGAACGAUAGCAGAGUACAAAGAGGAACUUUCUCGGACUAAAGAAGAGAACGAGAGACUACGUCAACUAUUGGAGGCUGUUUUCAAGAAACCUCAAGUUGUGUUACACAGAACAGACAUCGAUGAAGAACAUCUUCCUCAUGAGCAGGAGGAGGAACCACAGUACCCCCACAUACACGAGGAAGAAGAGGUACCACAUUCCCAACACAUCAAAGAGGCAGGAGAGGAGCCAAAGCCCCCCUACAUUAAAGAGGAAGACGAGACGCCACAGACCCAUAAUGUUAAACUGACCCUUCACAUUAAAGGGCUAGCGGAGGACCCACUGAUCUUACACAUCAAAAAAGAAGAGGAGGACCCACCGACACCUCACUUUAAGGAGCAAAAGAACCCACUGACCCCUCACAUUAAAAAGAAAGAGGAGGACCCACUGACCCCCUGCUUUAAAGAGGAAGAGGAGGAAGAGGGCAUCAGUCAGCCUAAAUGGUUGGAGGAGUUCCCAGUGACUGGUGUCCCUGUGAAGAGUGAAGAUGAUGAGGUGAAAGGUGAAAGUGAGGAGAGGGGAGGGGGGGAGCCUCCAAGCAGCAGCUCAACACAACACAUGACAACAGAAGCUGAUGGAGACCACUGUGGAGGAUCACAAGCAGACAAGCUCUUAGCUCCACUAUCAGAUAGUGAGGACACAACGUCACACUCUCCUGACACUGAUGAUGAAGACUCUAAAGAUGAUAAGACAUGUCACACUGACAACACUCACUUCACAUCUUCUCACUCUCACAAAACUUUGAAAUACCGUCGUAAUCUGAAAACACACAUGAGAACACACAAUGGUGAAAAACCUUUUUCUUGUUCACUCUGUGGUAAAGGUUUUGCACAAAGUCACCAUUUGAAAAGACACAUGAGAACACACACUGGUGAAAAAACUUUUUCCUGUUCAAUAUGUGGUAAAGGUUUUACACAAAGUCAGGAUGUGAAAAGACACAAGAGAACACACACGGGUGAAAAACCUUUUUCCUGUUCAACCUGUGGUAAAGGUUUUACACAAAGUCAGAGUUUGAAAGUACACAAGAGAACACACACUGGUGAAAAACCUUUUCCCUGUUCUACCUGUGGUAAAGGUUUUACACAAAGUCAACAUUUGAAAGUACACAUGAGAAGACACGCUAGUGAAAAACCUUUUUCUUGUUCAAUCUGUGGUAAAGGUUUUACACAAAGUCAGGAUUUGAAAGUACACAUGAGAACACACACUGGUGAAAAACCCUUUUCUUGCUCAGAAUGUGGUAAAGAUUUUGUUCAAAGUAAACAUUUGAAAGUACACAUGAGAACACACACUGGUGAAAAAUCACAUUCCUGUUCAAUCUGCAACAGAAGCUUUUGUGAAAAAUCAACCCUUGUAAGACACAUGAGAAGACACCCAGGAGAGAAAGUGUUGAGUUGCAGUGUGUGUGGUGAAAGAUUGUCUUCUAAGUAGCAGUGUAAGAAACACAAGUGUGCUGGUGAGAACAGCAGCAGCAAAUGAAACUGCAGGAUUUGAAAUAAACUGUCCAGACUUUCAUUUUGACUUUCUAACAACAUCAGCACAUAUAACAUGUGUGACAUUGUUGUUUGUCUAACAAUCUGUUUAAUAUGCUUCUGCAUUUAUAGAUUAAGAUAGUUUGAAAUAUGAAAGUAUUACAUAUUUGUAUUUGUAAUUGUUAAUAAUCCCAUAGAUUAUCACCUUUAUAUGAUAUACAUAUGUACUAGUUCACAUCUGAAACAUCUUCUGGACCACUUCAGGAAGCAUAUUAUUAUUUACUUUAUACAUCAUUUGAACAGUUGUCUUUUAUACAAUUUUAAAAUGUCUGACCUUAUGAAUCAUUUGUUGGGUCUCUUUAAUUAUUGUUAUUACUCUGUAUUAUGAUGAUUGUGUUGUGAUUGUUUUAUAUGUAUGUCCCCAGAUCUUUACGUAAUCUAAACGUGAGAGAAAAAGGCAGAUUAUUUUUGUGAAGGGAUUGUUUUGUUUUUACAAACUUACAUUUGUCGAUAUAUUAAAUAAAUCCAGUAUUGUGUUUGAAA